AUGUCUCCUGAUGCCUACCCAGCAGCAUGCACCAUCACCACAACUCGACAUACCGCAAUCCCAGUCAGUGGCAUGAUCACAACUUCCCGCACAGAAGGUUGCAGUUCCGCUCCAGAGGCAGUCUCCUUUUUCACUACAAUCGAUCCUCAGCGCGCCAUUGGCUAUCUCCAAAUAGAAUGUGCAUGCCAGCGAUAUGGUGUGUCGGAUAAGUGCAAACCGAAUUAUGGAGGCUGUAUAGAAGGAAGACGCUCUGUUCCCAUUGAGCUCUUGGAUGUUGCAGGUCUCGUUCCAGGCGCGCAUCAAGGCCGAGGGCUGGGCAACAAGUUCUUGGAUGAUUUGCGUCAUGCAGAUGCCUUGAUCCACGUGGUUGAUGUUAGCGGAACCACAGAUGCAGAAGGGAAAGCAACUCGAGGUUACGAUCCUUCACAAGAUAUUGAAUGGUUACAUUCCGAGAUUGUGCGCUGGGUCUUAGGAAAUUUGAUGCAAAGAUGGGGAUCCAUCAAGAGGAGACAUAUGGCCAUAAAGGCGACGGCCGUGGACACCUUACAGGGGCAGUUCUCCGGUUAUGGAAGUACGUCAACGAUUGUUGCACGCUGCUUAGAUCGGAUAGGCUUGAAGGAGCCGCUUGAAAACUGGUCUGAUGAGACGGUUGAGAAGGUUGUUAAGGCUUUUAUCGAUGAAAAAUUCCCCACAGUCUAUGCUUUAAAUAAAAUCGAUCAUCCCGACGCAGACAAGCAAAAUCGCCAAAAUGCAGGACCUCAGUCCAUUGUUCUCUGCUCCGCAAUAUCAGAAGUGUUCCUUCGGAGGUUAGCGAAACAAAAUUACAUCAAAUACGUUGAAGGAAGCGAAUUUCUAGAUACGCGAGAAGACCUCAUAGACAUGGGCGAAACAGACGGCGGUGGCUUAAAGGAGAUGGAUGAGAAGUUGAAGACCCGUGUCGAAAAUUUGAAAGACAUGGUACUUUAUCGUUUUGGCUCAACUGGAGUUGUGCAAUGUCUUUCGCGUGCCGCAGAGCUCCUGGGUCUGGUGCCAGUCUUCCCAGUGAGGAACGUACACACUUUUGCAUCAGGAGCCGGAAGUGAUGCAGCAUUCCGCGAUUGUGUCCUGGUUAAGAAGGGCACUACGGUUGGCGACGUUGCUAACAAGGUCAUGGGCGAUAUACCGAUCUCCUACAUCGAGGGUGUUGGUGGUAUCCGCGUCUCGGAAGAUGAAAUUGUGCAAGUAGGAAAACAUGAUGUGCUAUCCUUCAAGCCUGGCCGAUAG